CUGUUCUCCAUUCUAUACUCAUAAUCAUAAAAUGUAAAUAAGUAGGUAGUCUCUGUCUGCUGCUACUGAAAAUCUUAACUAGGCAUCCUCCGUGACGCUUGCACUGCCCUCCUCUAGCUGGUUGCUCUCGAACCUUUCCUCUCGAAUUCGCUGCUCUCUAACUGCUCCUCUAGCUAGCUGCUACCGAUCUGGUUCUCGCUCAUUCCCUUAAUAAGUCCUGGUGAGUGAGUUGGGGUCAGUCUACGCCCUUACGUUUUAAACUUUCUAAUAAUUUUGCACUUCUUCUCCAACACUUAAACUCAAACUGAGGGAAGUUGUUUGUACUUACCUUCUUAAAAAUCUUAACUCUUAAAACUGUAUGGGAGUAACUGUUACUCUCCAUUCUUAAAGCUUAAAUCUCAACUUAAAUACUUGACUGACACUGGGAUCCCCCACUAGCUAGUCCGGUUGCCAACUCAUACGUAUGAGAAGCCAUCAAGGCUUUCCUUAAACUUAAACUUAGUUAGGGAAGUCGUAACGAUUCAUCCCCCUAACAUCUUAAACUUAUCGUGGUGGCUCUUCACCACGAUUCUCAAGAGCAUAACUGCUUCUCAUCUUAAAAGUCUCAAGAGCAUAACUGCUGCUCUGUCUCAAAGAUCUCAAGAGCAUAACUGCUGCUCUAUUUGAAAAUCUCAAAUGGCAACGGACUGGCGCUAGUGACUAAAAACACUUAAAACGACUUCACCUUCUUAAAAAGAACUUGUUUCUUUAACUUAAACUACUUGUAAGUAAAGCACACAACAACAUAAAACUGAAAGCAUAACUCACACAAAUCAUAUGACAUCAUAUAAGCAUACAAAGGCAAGUACGACACAUAGCAAUCAAUCUCAAAAACUGAAAUACCGUAAGGCGUAGAAUUUACCCCCUUUACACUCACCUUAUGAUCAAGUCGAAUGACUUGAACUAACCAACAUCCAAAAAUUGGUCGACUUAGGGUCAUCUCCCUCUGCUUGGACCAUGCACGUAAGCUCAUGUAGGAGCUAACUUUUCAUUCCAUCCAUGAGGCGCCCCCAUCUCCUUGUAAGCAAUUUCACUGCCUCGUGACCUAUCCAUCUCCACUUUCAAUGCUUUGGAAGGUUUCCCAAGCGCAACAGUUAUGAUUUUCCUUCUAACUUCAGCAUCUAAUUUUGCCGACAAACCAAUAAGUGUAAAGCAAUCAAUUUUCCCCUCCCAACACGACAACAAAUAGAAGCGAGCAGCUCUAUGGCUCCUCCUUCCCUCUUAAUGUCGUACUUAGAUGAAAUAAACCAUCAUCAUUAAGGUAAUUUCAUCGCCGGGGCUCUUACCUCAAUUCCAUGGAUCGAUUGUACCCUUGCAUGAUUUCUUGCGACCCUAAACCUCCACCGCGGCACACCAUUCCACCUGUUCACAUUAUUGGCAGUGGCGGAACAUUAUUGGCAGAAGGAAGGACUGAAGGCCGGGCGAAGAGAAGCCCGAGUGCAAUUGUGGCGACCCACUUCUUUUUUUCUCCUUUGUUUGGUUGCCAUUACACUCCUGGUUGCGAGGUCGACCAAACAAGGAGUCGGCGCUGCUUGCUUUGUAUAUAAUUUAUAUACAAAGGGGGUGGACGUGUAGGGUAGGUAGAGUUAGGUUUAGGGUUUAUUUAGUCCAAGCUUAUUUUGGGAAUUUCAUAAUUACGGGCGAGUUUAAUCUGAAACUCAGUUAACGUCCAUAAUUUUCUCAAUUCAUGUCGAAACUCAACAUCGUUUGAUGACACGCUACGACACAACACCUAACAAUGGCCAAGUGUAACCAAUGAAAGGGACUGCAGUAUAGUGGCACAAGUAAUAAAUAUCGAAUCCACGGGUCUCUAGAGUUACUAUUACUCAGCUUCAGUUCAUUAUCUAGCAAACUAAAUUAAGGAUUGAUUUAUAAACUACUCUACUGACUACUCUACUAAUUACAAGUUGGGAACUCACUUAGGUAUUGUAACACCCCACCCUAAAAUCAUGAGUCGAACCGAUAGUUCGACCGCGCAGCGGAAAUCACUCGGGGUUUACGUUUUCAAAAUCUCGACUCAACUCACAUUCACAUCAUUCUCAUAUGUUUAAAAUUCAACUCAUCAUAACAAUUUAUUAAAAUCAUAUUCUCAAUUCAUUAAUCCAUCUUCGUCAAAUUCAGGAUUCACCUAACCCAGACUAUCGAUCUCGUCUACUCCGUUCAUGCUCAACUCAAGUUAAAGAUCAUAUUUGACUAACGUAAAAUAUCAUGCAUGCUCAAAACCCGAAUCGUAAAAAUAAUGAUUUCGGAGUACAUCAAUAUGUGGAAAAAACCUUUUAAACCAAAAUCCUCCAUCGAUCAUUGUGCAGUGCCAAAGUCAUCCUCAAUUUAUCACACCUGUCACAUCUAGAAAGAAAAAUGGGUCAGCUACUAAGCUGAGUGUGUGGACCUGGCCUAUACGGCAAAACUAUUGUUAGCAUGCCAUCACAUCAUCACAUCUUGUUGAUUAAAAACACAUCAUCAACAAAUUAUCAUGCCACACGAAAAUCUCAUUAAUCUCUAGAUUUAUCUCUAGGUCAUCAAUCCAAAUUCAUCUUUAACCUAAUUCCUCAUGGUAUGACUUUCAUUAAUCAAGUCGUAUAUCGAAAUAAAAUCGUAAACUUACCUCAACUCAUGAAUCCAUCAUAUCAAUCGUUCAUUCAAAGUCAACUCAUCAUUUAAUCAUCAGGCAUGUCAAUCAUUCAUCAAUAAUCAAAUCGCCAUUUCGGCGCAACCAUAUCAAUCUCUCAAUCAAUCAUCAAUCAAAUGUCACUUUACGAUUUCCUUCAUGGAAAUCAUCAACAUCAUAUAUAUGGAAAUCAUCAACAUCAUAUAUAUCAUAUGCAAUGGAUGAAAUGCAGACUCUCCAUUUAUUAUUAAUUUGCGCGCUAAGGUCACCAUACGCCCACCCCGCUCGAGCUCAUCAUCUUAGUGGUUAUAAUGAAAACCACAAUCUCAUCAAAUCUAGGAUUAUCAUAAAUCCUCUCAUUAGGACCGCAGCCCAAUCAAUCUCAUAGGGGUAGGCAUAGGCCCCUUCUAUGUCUAUGUGAUUUAACAUGAUCAAACAAUAUCAAUUUCUCUCUUCCAUCAUAUCUCAAUCGAUCCAAGAAAUCAACAGCGUCCCAUUGAUAUUCCCAGUCCAUACAUAUCUCACAUCAUCUAUGCAUACUUUGAUGCAUUGCAUGAUCUCAAUAUAAUCAACAUCUUCUCAAUGAUAUAAAUAAUUCAUUAUCUACAAUCAAACUUGACAAAUCUACCAAGUACUCAAUUUAUCAAUACCUCAUUCACUCAUCGUAAUCAUUUAACACAUCAAAACAAAUCGAUCAUGAUAAUAUCUCAUCCACGUCAUCAUUAAUCAAAGCAUUCAUCAUAU